GGUUCGUUUUCCCCUCUUCUGUGCCCUCGAAUCUUCUCCGGCUUGCAGCUUUAUCAACCGGUCUUUCUCAUUUCGCUUUAGCUCCCAUGUGGGUUUUGAAGUUGCGACUUAAUAUUCCUUCUUCUUUAUUCCGUUUCUUCUACAUCCCCUCCAGAUUUUACUGCUUCCGCUGCUGCUCCAUUCGAUUUGUCUUUUUGCUUGCUUCUUCGUAGCUUCUCUAUGGUCCAUCUGCGUAGUGAAGGCCCUUACUGUAGCUUAUUGUUGAUUUUACUUGUGAUUCCUACUUGGAAAUUUGUUUUUCAUCUAGUAUUGGCAUUUCUUUUCAAAAGGCCGCAAUGAUUAGAAGCCCUGUUUUUGUCCAGAACCCGGAGUCAACCCUAUGUUACGUUCGUGAUUCAUAGUAUAUUUGCCCUCGCUAAUACCUCUCAGGGAUCUCUUGUGGCCUCAUUCGCUUAUUUCAUUUCUCUUGCUUAAUGUUCUCGGAGACAAAGAUGGAUCUGGCGCUCUUAGCUUCAAGAUCUCUAGUUUCUGGCCACAUUUAGCAACACCGACAAGUUGUUCCGUUAAGCACGCCUUUCCAAUGAAGCGUUCGAUUCGCCCGCUGUUUGGAGUUCUAAUUGUCGUCGUCUUCGUUGCCACUCUCAGCUGCAGAACCUUUGUUCGGAGAGGCUUAUUGUCCAUUGAGUUGGAGAGCAGAGUAUGGGUUCAAGUUCCGGCAGCACCAUUGUUGAACGCGACGCUGCUGAAACACGCCGCCAUCGAUAUCGGAGAAGAGAAGUCGAAGCAAGAAAUCCAGCAGCUUCUGGAUGGAGACUUUGGAAGUCAAGCCCGGCACCGGACGUUUGUCUCUUGGCGUAGAUUCAUUCACCAUGAGAUCACUGAUAAGGACCCGAGGAGGCUAGCGGUAACGAUACGCUCGCCGCUGUUUUAUAGGUAUUGGCUCGAUUUCCGAAAGGUUUUGAACGAUUGGACCAGGAAAAAGAGGUUUCAGCCUAGUAUUAUGUCCGAUUUGACGCGGCUAGUUAAGCUUCCUAUCGAUAGGCACAAUGGAUUGGCGGGUUCCGAGCGGCGAUACUCGUCUUGUGCGGUGGUUGGCAACAGUGGAAUUUUGCUGAACAACGACUAUGGGAAGCUCAUUGAUAGCCAUGAAGCAGUUAUCCGAUUGAACAAUGCAAGGGUUGAGAAGUUUGAGAAGAAAGUGGGGUCUAAAACAAGCAUUUCAUUCGUAAAUAGCAACAUUUUGCAUCUCUGUGCAAGGAGGACAGAAUGCUUCUGUCACCCAUAUGGAGCUAAUGUGCCAAUAGUUAUGUACAUUUGCCAACCAGCUCAUUUCUUGGAUUACACCGUUUGCAAUUCCUCUCACAAAGCACCAUUGCUGGUCACCGAUCCACGGUUCGAUAUGUUAUGUGCUCGGAUUGUGAAGUACUACUCCUUGGAGAGGUUUGUGGAGGAGACAGGGAAGGCUUUGGAAGAAUGGAGCUCUGCACAUGAUGGUGCUCUAUUUCAUUACUCUUCUGGUAUGCAAGCUGUUAUGUUAGCUUUAGGAAUCUGUGAUAGAGUCAGUAUAUUUGGGUUCGGCAAGUCCGCCUCAGCCAGGCAUCAUUAUCAUACGAAUCAGAAGGCUGAGCUUCAUUUGCAUGACUAUGAAGCAGAAUAUGCUUUUUACGGGGACCUGGUCGAUGGACGCAGGGCAAUACCUUUCCUCUCGGACAAAUUCAAGAUUCCACCCGUGGUGCUGUAUCAAUGACCCCUUGUUCUGAUUUUGUGGUGAAGCAGUCAGCAAAUUUGUCUAUCAUGAAGCAUCUGAAAUUUUCUCAUGAUUUUUGUGAAAUGGGCAGAUAGUGUGGAAAGGAAUACUGAUUGAAGAUUUUUUUUUUUUUUUGGUCUUUUCCCUCAUUUCAGAACUACUACUGCCAAAACCAGGCUGAAGCAACAGUUUUAAGUGUAAAUUGCGGUUAAAUCAAUACAAGUUCGAUCCUUGAAUGGUUAAGUACCUAUCUUUGUUUUCUACACUCAAGAUUAUGUUGAUCUGCUACUCUCAUGUGGUUGAUUUUGUAUUGUAGCUUCAUGACGGCACGUGAAUGCUCAUGUUCUUGACAGCCUUACAACAAUCAUCAAAAGCCUUGUCUACAUACUCAAAUCGAACCAUGUGAUCUGCUUAAGGUCUCUGGCAUUUUGAGGAAUCAACAUUAUCUCCUGCC